AUGGCGGCUCCUCACCAACCGAGAUACAAUCUCGAAGACCCAGGCUUUGAGCCUCGUACCGCCCGCGACGCACGAGAAGCUGCGCGCGCCGCGAGAAAUGGCCAGAGUCCGCGAUACAGACGACCUCAGUCUCCCGACCAGCUCGACGAUUAUCGCUUCCAGAGCGAAGAGUCCGAGAUACGGUCUCCCACGUCUGACGUGGCAUUGCAGGACGCCAUGCUCGCACAAGCACAGCAGCAACAACAGCGUGUCGUUCCGGUUGGUCAGGUCCCUCGUAACGCAGGUCAGCGCAGACAACCACCUCCCGGUCAACAAGGUCCUCCAGGUCCCAACAACAAUCCCAGCAUCAACUUCAACGGCAGACCCCAAGGACCACAAGGACCCCCUAUGCCUCAGACUCACCCCGGCCCAAUGGAGAACGGUCAGCAGCCCAAUGGCCCCAGAGAUGGCGGUCGUUACAGACGCCAACCAUCGCGUCGCGCCUCAGAGUCUGAGCCAAGACCCCAUGGUGAAUCUCCCCCACGAGCAGGCCCAAACACCCAGCAGAGCCGCAUUUCUCAAUCCAUGGCCUCGGAGCACCACCAGCAGCGUCGCGCGCCUUCACCAAACCGCCUGACAGUCCCCGGCGGUGGCGACGACAUCAGCCGCAUCCAGAGCCCCAGCAUUCAAAAGAGCGUUCUCCAGCCCCUUGAGAAGAAGAUCCACGAGUACGACCAUCUCAUGCACGAGGCCCAGGCUCAGAUGAACCAGCUCGACGAGGAGCUGCGCGCUCUCGAGGACCGACGUCGCCAGGCCGAGGACCGCUUCAUUGAAGCCAAGUCCAAGCACGACGAGUACGAGCGCCAGCACCAGGACGUCGGCAGAGCCCUGCGAGGAGAGGUUGCAAGAGAGGCGCCACCCCCCGCCGUGCGACAGCCGCCGCCGAUGCAGCGCAUGGACAGCAUGGACAGCUUCGAUCAAAGACCCAUCAGCGCACAGAGCUCUUUCCACCAGAAGCCCAAAAAGGGAGGCAUGCUGCGGAUGAGCUUGUUCAACAAGAGCAACUGA